AUGUCUCAGCUAGCAGCAGAAGCGAAUCUGAACGAGGUCAUCCCCCCGAGCAUGGCUGGCCCAGGGACCAGUGUGGAAAGUGACAGCCAAGCGACGACGCAAGCUGCGGAAAGUGCGGCGAACGGAGAGGUCGCCACCACUUCUUUAGAGGGAGUUGGCUUUGAUCAACCAAGAGAGGGACAUGCGGGACAGGUGGCGGCGCUGGAGAUGCAGCAGAAGCUAGAGCUUCACGCCACUCCGGUCCGGGCUUACCUGGAGGCCACGGUGGUCCCACUCCUUCUACAAGGGCUCCAGCACACGGCUCGCGAAAGGCCUGACAACCCCGUUGAAUAUCUUGCGGCCUUCCUGCUGAAGAACAAUCCGCAGAAGCCCGCUCGAAUUUCGGCUCCCGUGGCCGGCUCAUCCUAA